CCUUCAUCAUUCAGCACAUCAUGAAUAGAAUCGCCCUCAGACAAACCAAGCUUUUCGCUGCAUCAGCAUCCAGAGUCAGAGGCAUGUCGUCCCAAAACCCCAUCCAUAACGCCGCCGAGGCCGCCGGCCAAAAGAAAGACACCAGUCCCUCCAAGCCUAGCGUGAUCUCUUCCGAGGGCGCGAUUGGCAAGCAGUUCAACCCUGAUGGUAACAUCGGCCAGAUCGGGGAAGCUGUCGGCGGUCCUUUUUCGAAGGACGGCACCAUUGGAAGUCAGUUUGAUGCGAGCAAGGGAGGCAUUGCAGGCACGGUGGAAAAGGCUGUGGAUGGCCCCCGCAACCCAGCCAAGAAAUAACAUCAACUUAAUGUAGUUGAUUGAUAAUAAUUUAUUGGUGUAUAGUAAAUCAAGCAUCUACCUUGAUAUUAACAAAUACAACUUGCCCAAGCAUUCUCCAGUGAAUGUGGCCACUUCUAUAAGGAGUCAUGUUAUUGUUGCCAUGCGCUGCUAGGUAGCAGAAGCACGUACCCAAGCAGACCCAC